AUGUCCAAGCCGACAAGUACGGCGAUUCCGAAGACCUCCUGGGCAGAUGGUCUACCGCAAAUCCCGAGAAGCGAAAAGACAUCAUACUUGCCAGCAAGUUCGGUAUCCGUCCUGCUCCAGGCGCUCCCUGGGGAUUCACCAUCGACUCAAACCCCCGAAUACUGUCGAUUGGCCCUCGAUGCAUCUCUGAAACGCCUUGGUUUACCCUUCAUCGACCUUUACUAUGUUCAUCGCCUUGACAAGAAAACUCCCAUCGAGCUUACUAUGCGGAUGAUGGUAGAGUUGAAGAACGCUGGCAAGAUCAAGUACAUCGGGCUGAGCGAAUGCGGCGCUGAAUCCCUGCGACGUGCACACGCCGUACAUCCGAUCACCGCUGUUCAGCUCGAAUACAGUCUAUUCUGUACCGAGAUUGAGUCGCCACAGAGACGAUUGCUGGAAGUUGCGCGGGAAUUGGGUGUCACGAUCGUGGCGUACAGCCCGCUCGGGAACGGGUUCUUGACCGGGAAGCUUCGCUCGCGCGAGGACGUCAGCAAGCCUGGUGAUGCGCGUGAUUCCUGCCGUGGUUGA